AUGAAACUGUAUAAAUUUGAGGAUUUCGUUCGCUUAGCCAAUCUUUUUUAUACGAGUCUUGGCAUAGAACCUUAUGCUUUGGGGCAAUCGACGAAAUGGCAAAUAUUAUUCCGUUAUUUAAUUUUUUAUUUUCAAAUAAUCAAUCUUAGUUCGAUGGUGGUGUGUGAAGUCACUUAUGUAUUUCUGGCUUUCCGGAAUGACAACAAUUUUCUAGAGGCCACCAUGAUCAUGUCCUACAUCGGUUUUGUAUUGGUCGGCAUAUUUAAGAUGUUAUCGAUUUGGCGUCAAAGAUCAUUGCUUACUACCUUUGUUCAAGAAUUGUUGCACAUAUUUCCUGAAACACCCGAACAACAGCGCCUAUAUAACUUGGACAUUUACGUACGCCAGUGUACCCGCGUUACGGUUUGCUUUUCGUUGCUAUAUAUGUUGCUUAUUUGGACAUACAAUUUGUUUGCUAUUCUACAAUAUGUAAUCUACGAACGUUGGCUAAAGUGGCGUGUAGUGGGCAAACAAUUACCUUAUACCAUGUAUAUAUUGUGGAAUUGGCAUGACCAUUGGUCCUAUUACCCUUUAUACGCAUUGGAGUGUAUAGCUGGUUUUACUUCGGCUGCUGGCCAGAUAUCCUGUGAUCUGCUAUUAUGUGCUUUUGCCACUCAACUGAUAAUGCAUUACGAUUAUGUCUCCCGUAGCUUGGCUAUGUACGAAGUUAAAUUUCGUCAGAAAUUUACCGAGCCAAGGAAAGCAAUGGCCGAAGAUAUGAAAUUUCUAAGAAAAAUUAUUGCUUAUCAUGCUAACGUAUUAAGCCUGUCUGAGUUAAUGAAUAAGGUGUUUGGUGUGGCUUUAUUUUUCAACUUUAUGGCCUCAUCGUUUGUUAUAUGCUUUGUCGGCUUUCAAAUGACGAUGGGCGCCGAUCCAGACACAUUAUUUAAAUUAUUUUUAUUCCUAUUUACGUCGGCUAGUCAAGUGUAUCUAAUAAGCCAUUAUGGUCAGCAGUUAAUUGAUGCGAGUUUUAAUAUAGCAACAGCUGUUUACAAUCAGCAAUGGUAUAAUGCUGACAUCGGCUAUAAGAAAAUGCUGGUAUUAAUAGCGACACGUGCCCAAAAACCGGUUGAACUACAAGCAACUAAAUUUGUUUUAAUAUCUCGAGGCACCAUGACCGAUAUUAUGCAACUUUCCUACAAAUUUUUUGCUCUACUUCGUACCAUCUAUGCUGAAUGA